CAUCGAUUAGCUUCGUGACCUAUAAAUUAAUUAUAAGGCCUCCAUCUCUAAAUCCUUUAGUGGAGUCUAUGAAUAGCUAUCUCUAAAAGAAAAUGACACUAGAACGCCCUUCGUCAGAUGCCACCAAUCAUCUCAAGCAGCUUUAUGCCGCCUAUCGUCAUACUAGCGACAUAAGCUUGAAAGGCAACUACUUUUCUUCUACCUGUUUCCAGAUAUGCCGCCCACAGCCAUCAUUUGCAGCUCGAGAUAGAGAGACUAUUGUGCGAUAUCUCUACGAGUCGGCACGUAAAAGCCUUAGCACCUCGUCAUCGACUGCUAAAGCAGUCGAAAAGGAGUCGAAAAGGAGUUAUUAUACGAUCCGGGCCCUACAGGAAGACGAAUUCGAGUUCGGCACCGAUGAGCAAGUUAAGCCAACUGGGUUUGGAACAGCAGACGAUAUCAGGCAAAAAGCAAAAGCUGAGGGGUGGGUAGGCAUGAGAGUCGACUUGUGGGAUGAAGAGGGCGAAGAGGGAAAUGAGGGGCGCCUAAUCAAAGUGCAGUACUGGUGGAGGAAAGAGGAGCAAGGAUGGAUACAGAUUCUUCAUGACAUUAUGUAUAUAGGGCCAAGAGAUGGGACCGAGGGCAGCCAAGGUGAGCUGCUUGAGUGAUGCUAUUUAGGCUCUUUGUCACUUAAGCCCUUGAUACAUUACCGC